AAAAAAAAAUCAAGGUUUCCAGUUGGUUUUCUAACAACGUUUGUUUAGAGCAAAGAUGGGUUCCAAUUCUUUGGUGUCUUUCAACGUAAAAAGGCUAGAAGGUAAAGUGGCAUUAAUAACAGGUGGAGCCAGUGGUAUUGGCAAGAGCACGGCGCAACUUUUUGUUCAACAUGGAGCCAAAGUUGUGAUUGCAGACAUUCAAGAUGAUCUCGGAAGCUCAAUUUGUGAACAACUUGGGGGCCAUGAAAUCAUCUCCUAUGUUCACUGUGAUGUUACGUGCGAUUCAGAUGUUAAAAAGGCCGUCGAUUUAGCCGUUUCGAAGUACGGGAAACUCGACAUCAUGUUCAACAACGCCGGGAUAGGUGAUUUGGAGACUAGUAUACUUGAUAUAAGCAAUGAAAGAUUCAAGAAAGUUAUGGACACCAAUGUGUACGGCGGGUUCUUAGGCGCUAAACAUGCCGCCCGUGUCAUGAUCCCGGCGAAGAAAGGCUGCAUUCUUUUCACCGCUAGUGUGUUGUCGGUGUUGGGCGGUUUCUCUGAGCAUCCGUAUGUGGCGUCGAAGCACGCGGUGGUGGGGUUGGCUAAGAGUUUGUGUGUCGAGAUGGGGCAGUAUGGGAUUAGGGUCAAUUGCAUUUCACCGCAUGGAGUGGCGACGCCGUUGCUAACGAAAGGGACCGAGAUAGAUAAAGAAACGCUCGAAAGCUUGGUUUCGGAGGCCGGGGUCUUGAAAGGAAAGGUUUUGGAGGAGGAAGACGUAGCAGCGGCGGCGUUGUAUUUAGCCAGCGAUGAGUCGAAGUAUUUGAGCGGCGUCAAUUUGAUGGUGGAUGGAGGGUAUAGCAUCACUAACCCUUCGUUGCCAAUGGCAGUCAAAAGCUUCAUGUCUUAAUUUCAUGUUUUGAUUAGAAUUGACAAAUUACGUAAACGUUUCGUGUUCGUGUUCGUGUUGUGUUUUAAUAUAAUAAUCGUAUUCCAUUCACAACACCAUAAUUUUUUUCACAACUCGUAUGUGGCAUCAAAGCAUGCAAUGGUGGGGUUGGCUAGGAA